AUGGCGCCUCACUCUGUAGGUCCUGAACCUGAGGAGUUAUCUCGUGCCAUCAGCGAGCUCGACUUAACUGCCUUAAGGGGGGUUGAUGGAGCUACUGACGAAUCCGACAUCAAAAUGGGCAAGCGCUAUACAAGAGAUCAGCUGUUGAGUAUCGGUUCAAAGUCGAGCUCCAGCGAUGAUGAGAGAAUUCAUAUCAACGUCCCAGAGAUUGCGACCGGUAUGAAAACACCACCAGCCCCUCCAAGAGUCCCACCUCCAACCCCGGUCCAUUUGUCAGUUACCCCCGCUUCUGGUACAAAUACACCGGUUGCUAGACUUCCCGUCACUCCUGAAGAGUCCGACAAGAAGGAAGAAGGCGCAGUUGAUGGAGGCGCAGAUGGUGACGCAAAAGUUACUGAAGGCGGAGAGGGUGAACCCAAGAAAAAGAAGAAAAAGAGCGGUGGAAAGAAAAAGGCAGCAGGCCCAACGGGAUUUGAGGAAUUCUAUGCCGACCCACCUCUCACUCCACAUGAAUAUGAAGAGGAAUGUGAUAUCUACCACGAAGGCCGAACAUUCGCUGCGCGUAUUGAAACAUGCAUCCAGAGAUACAGAGCACGGCGCAAGUUUGAUAGCACUCGUGCGAAUAUUCUCACAAAGUAUUUUGCUUUGGGUGGAAUUGAAUCUGGCACCAAAUCUUUCAAUGGUGGUCUCGAUCAAGAAACAUUAGAGAAUUCCACUGCAGCUGAAAUUGCCGCUAUUCAAGCUACAGAUUUUGUCCGAGCUAGCAAUGCCAAGUACUAUGAUCCCUCAGAUACCGAAAACUGGGUUGUGGAUUGGGAGGGAGUUGCCAAGGGCUUUCUAUCUUAUAGAGCACCCAGAAUACUUGGUGAUGGAGCAGAGGAAGUGACUAUGUUUUGCGGAGUGGUCAAAAACUUCCUAAACUACGUCUUGGCUCAUGAGGUAUGUAAAGAAUACACUAAAGAAAUCAUGGCCGCUCGGCGAUUAUGUGACGUGGCCGAAAGGGAAUUCGAUGCAAUCCGACGUCUCCGUCAAAUGUUUCCCGGCGACUUCAACGUAGCUGCUUCAACACUGUUUGGUGAAAACUACAAGCGAAACUUUGAGAUCAAUUCCGCCUGGGCUAAUCCCGAGGACGACUUAGAUCAAUGGAAUUCUAACAUACCAGUACUCAGUCUGCCUGUUUGUCAAUUUGUCUUUGGAGGAAUUGUUGCUUUCAUUGGCGACAAAAGCCACUUUGAGAAAGCCAAGAAUGGUGAUAUUCAUGUCGUAACAAUUGAAACCAGAUUCCUGGAGGUGGCAGAUAUCCAUCGAGCUUCUUCAGGCGUGGUUAGGGAGUUCUCGCAUGUUAAAGAUCCUCGAGGAUUGGGUGCUCUAAAGCCAAUCGGAAAGCUCUUGUGCAAAUCUUGGGAAGGUCCUGGCUAUGCCUACGAAGACAAGACGGACGACGGAAUCGAUGAGCUUGAUGAUUCCAUCGAAGAAUUCUGGAUUGAGGACGAAAUUUUGCAACAAUGCUAUCCGGGUCUCAAAAUUGAAGUUGUUGUUCAUGAGCUUAACAUCGGUGUCAAAUAUUUUGAUCAAGUCGUGGAAUUCUUCCCUUCCUUCCAUCUUUACCUUCCUAAUGAGAAGAUGAUGGGCUGGAAAGAACCUGUCCCUAAUGAGAGACCGCCACCAACUGAGGACGACCCCGAUGCCGAGGAAAAAGUCAUGGAUGCUAUUGCGAAGGAUGCUGCCAAUGAGGUAGAACGUAUCUAA